AUGACCGGUCGAUAUGAAGACCAGCACGAGGAUGGGGCAGAGAUGACCGGGCGGUGCGAGGAUCAGCUCCCAGACAGGACGGAAGCCCCCAAUGAACCCCCAGCUCGACUCUCCUCCUACUGCAUAGAAAGCAUCCUGGGCCGGAGAAGCCCCUGCAAGAUGGACAUCGGGGGGGCAGCAAGUCUACUGGAAGGUGUCUCAAACAGGAUCUCAGACAGGUUCUCGAAUAGGUUCUCAAGCAGCUCCUCAAACGUCUCCUCAAAGAGUUCCUCAAAGAGCUUCUCGAGAAGGUGCGGCGGAGAAGAACCAGAGCAGGGAUCGGAAGCCUCUCCCAGUUUCACACCGUCUUCACACUUGGACUCAUGUUUACUCCACCUUCCACCAAGACUACACCACCUCUGCCAUCAGGAGAUGAAGAUCUCAGACUCUGGCGGAACAUCUGAGGAGAAUGGGGAUGUGGAGGAGACAAAGGGGCCGAAGAUCAUCCAGGCACCACCCGUUAGCAUCAGCCGUGCUAAGUCCUACAGGGAGCACACGGCAGCACCCGGUCCACGCCACAACGUGCUGAAGUUCCAAGAGGACGUGGUGAAACGGGAGCCUUUUGGAGAUGGCGAUCUAUCCCCCGAGCAGGCGGGAGACCCUCAGCAUAAUGGAGAUAUGAGGGAUGGAGAGGAGGGUGGCACAUGUCUGUUGGGUGGCAGUGACACAGAGGAGAGCACCCUCACAAGGAAGCAAAGGAGAUACAGGACCACCUUCACAAGCUACCAGCUGGAAGAGCUGGAAAGGGCCUUCCAGAAGACCCACUACCCUGAUGUGUUCACAAGAGAGGAGCUCGCGCUGCGACUUGACCUCACGGAGGCGCGGGUCCAGGUGUGGUUCCAGAACCGCCGUGCCAAAUGGAGGAAGCGGGAGAAGGCGGGGCUUCAGCCACAUCCCCCUGGGCUAGCCUUUCCCAGCCCGCUGGUGUCCGCCCACCCCCUGAGCCGCUACCUGGAGAGCAACCCAUGUGUCCCCCAUCCUCAUCCCACCCUGGAACCCUCGUGGAGUGCUGCCGCUUUCCCAGGCAUCAUGGUGCCCCCUGCUGGCUCCGUACCCCGCCUAACUCUCAGCACCUUCCUAGGUGGUGCUGUGUUCCGGCACCCCGCCUUCCUCAGCCCCGCCUUCGGGAGGUUGUUCUCCAUGGGCUCCCUGAGCAACGUCCCCCCUCCUGGAGCUCUACUGCGUCCCCCUGUGGACCCUGCAGCCUCUCUGGCUGACCUGCCGGACUCACCCUCAUCUUCCUCGGCGGCAGCAGCAGAUCGGCGAGCAUCGAGCAUUGCUGCACUACGGCUUAAAGCCAGGGAGCAUUCAGCCCAGCUGACACAGCUCCACAUCCUGGCCUCUGGAGCACCUGGGAAGGAUGUGUGCUAAGCCCCUCCCCCAAAUACACCCAUGACCAAAGCAACAAGACUGGCCACUGGAAAACGUCUCAGGGUUGCAAGCCAGCUA